UGUGCGUGUGUACCGUGACAAACACACGGGAAAGUAAAGGCAACUGCAGAUAUUUCAUGGCAGCCAUCCGAGUGGUCUCCACUACUACGAUCCAAGCACGAAGCCAAUUCAAUAAUGGUGAUUUACCUCAAGAAAUCGGGCUCAAUUCCUGGGAUUUCCAGUUUCUGCUAAGUGAAUAUGGCCAGAAAGCCGUUCUUUUUCACAAACCAACCUUAUCAUCAUCUUCUUCUUCUUCUUCUUCUUCAGUUUACACAGAGAAAACGAUCCAACACCUUAAGGACUCUCUUUCUUCCACCCUCGACUUCUUCCCGCCCCUUGUCGGUCGUUUUGUUAUCAUCCCUCACGGCGGCGAUGAUAAUACUUUCUCGAUCUCCGUUACUUGCGACAACGCCGGAGCAAGUUUUGUUCAUGCUAUUGCUGAGAACACUACAAUUGCUGAGAUUAUUGAAUCCAUUUAUGUUCCACCAUUUGUCCACUCCUUCUUCCCGCUGUGCAGAUCCAAGAACAUCGAAGGAAGUUGGAUCCCAUUAUUGGCUGGCCAAGUUACAGAUCUCGUGGAUGGCAUCUUCAUCGCUCGUUCGAUGAACCAUUGUCUUGCUGAUGUAAAACCCUUCUGGGAUUUCAUGAAUACAUGGGCUAACAUCUCUCGUAAUGGUUUAAACUCCAUGGCGUCGUCGACUUCGAAGCUCGCUUCAUUCCAACGAUGGUUUCCUCAUGGUAAGAUAGCAUGCCCUAUACAAAUCCCUUGCAGAGAAAUAAAGGAGACUGAUAUUAAGGCGUUGUCCAUUGAUUCUCCACAUCAGCCUUUUCCAUUAUCUCAGAGGAUCUUCCACUUCAGAAGAGAAAAAAUUGUCGAACUGAAAGCAAAAGCUAAGUUGGACAUAGAUGAUGGUGUCAUUAGAAACAAGAUCUCUUCCUUACAAGCCGUUAAGAGCCACGUUUGGAGAUCUGUGAUAAAAAAACCAGCAUCUUCAUCCAGAAGAAGUGGUGACUUACAGAGUGUUCGUAGCUGUUGGAUCCAGAAUUCCUUAUCCACCAAUACCUGAGAACUAUUUUGGGCCCACAGUGCAAUUUGCUUAUGUGAAGAUGAAAGUAAGAGACUAGGUGGGAGAUAAAGGGCUUGGCAAGUUUGCUCAGGAGAUGAACAAGACAGCAUCAUCAGUCACAGAGGAAAAGAUCAAGGGGGAUUUUGAAGAUUGGACUCGAAAUCCGAAGUUGCCUCCACAAAGUGAGGUCAGUGACACAAUUGGUAAGUUUAUGGGAAGUAGCAGUUCUCCAAGAACCAAUUUUUACAGUAUUGACUUUGGUUGGGGAAAACCAGUAUCAGUAAAUAGCUGCCUACCCAAUCCAAAGACUUGGAAACUUGUGGUCGAUGCUGGAGCUGAAGAAGGUAGCUUUGAUAUUGAGUUGUAUGCUUCCUAUGAGAUACUCGAAGCUUUAUCAAAUGACCCUUAGUUCAUGCAUUAUGUGGUUUCGUCCUCAAAUAAACUAGCACCAUCUCGGCUGUAACAGAAAAGGCAAACUUUCAUGUGAUGUUAAAAAUAUAAUCUUUUUAUGUUUUUCUUCGUAGUGGUGUUUUCAGUUUUGAAGCAAAAUUUUGCUUUCAUGUUCACUUUCACACAUUCAAGUGACAAA